AGCUUUGGUAACGUUACUUGCUUUUUUACGGAUAAAAUUUAAUUUAAAAAUAAUUUUUGUUCAAACACUUGAAGUUAUUUAAAAAAAAUAAAAUGGAAGAUUUUAAGCAUUUAACUCAAGGUUCUCCAAUGCCUUCUAACUCCUCAAAUCAACUCGUUCUCUACUCCUGCGUCAUUUGUCCCUUUGCCCAACGCGUUCAUCUAGCUUUAAACGCUAAACAAAUCCCUUACAGCGCCAUCUAUAUCGAUCUUUGGAAGAAACCUGAAUGGUACGUUCAAAAAUCUCCAACUACUAAAGUGCCAGCAUUAGCUAUUCCUGAACAAACUGAUCCCUUGAUUGAAUCUCUCAUCAUUGCGGAUUACUUGGAUGAAAAAUUCCCGGAAAAUCCAUUGCACUCAAGAAAUGCAUUGGAGAAAGCAAAUGACAGGGUCCUCAUUGAGCGUUUUUCGAAUGUUAUUGGAAUUGUAGCGAAAAUAAUGUACCCGAUGAUGAGAAAUUUCCAAAAAAUUGAAGAUGUUGAGAACGUUGCUGAAGAUUUAUUUAAAGCUUUGGAUGUUUUUGAACACGAAUUACGUGAAAAACGUAAAAGUUUGUAUUUUGGAGGAGAAAAAGCGGGCAUGGUUGACUUUAUGAUAUGGCCUUGGAUGGAAAGAAGUCUAUUUUUACCCAAAAUUGAUGGAAAUUAUGAAUUAAAAAGUGAUCGAUUUCCUUUGUUGAUUAAAUGGAGAAAUUUGAUGUUAGAACAUCCAGCUGUUAAAGCAUGUGUCUUGUCAACUGACUUUUUCUUCGAAUUCUAUCAAAAAUUAGAAGCUAAAGAGUCUAUUAACGAUCUUAUUGAUGAAGCUUCGAAAAAACGUGAAACAGAAAGAAAUAAUUUCUAAAGAAAAUUUUGAUUAUUAAGUCAAAAUUAGUUGAAUAAAUUGACUCUUAAGUCAA